UUGCAACAACUUCUCCUAUGUAGUGAUGCUCAGUGCUGCCCAUGACAUCCUUAGCCACCACAGGGCACCAGGGAACCAGAGCCAUGUAAACCCAAGCCCAACGCCCACACCCCACAAUAGUUCGUCUCGAUUUGACUGCAACUCUGUGUCCACAGCUGCAGUGCUCCUGGCCGACAUCCUCCCUACGCUUGUCAUCAAACUGCUGGCUCCUCUUGGUCUUCACCUGCUGCCCUACAGCCCCCGAGUUUUUGUUAGCGGGGUUUCUGCAGCUGGCAGCUUCAUCCUGGUUGCCUGGUCCCAUUCUGUGACCAUCAGUCUGUGUGGUGUGGUCCUAGCUAGCAUCUCAUCAGGCCUGGGAGAAGUCACCUUCUUGUCACUCACCGCCUUCUACCCAAGGGCUGUGAUCUCCUGGUGGUCCUCCGGUACUGGGGGAGCAGGGCUCCUGGGGGCAUUGUCCUACCUGGGCCUCACCCAGGUCGGCCUC